UUGAGCUUCUUCGCAUUUUCAGUAAUUUAUGAUCCUGUCCAAGUAAUUAAUCUACUAAGAUCGAAUCUUAUUAACCCAAUCAACACACAAGGCAUCUUCUAUUUUUCUAAUAGACCUCCGCGUCACUCAUCUCCCUCGACGAUCUCCCGACUCCUUUCUCUCUGUUCAUCGAUCUCCCUCUCUACGAGACUUUCGGAAUCAAACCAUGGAUGAAGAGUACGAGGUCAUUGUUCUCGGAACCGGUCUCAAGGAGUGUAUCCUCAGCGGCCUCCUCUCCGUCGAUGGUGUCAAGGUGCUUCACAUGGACAGGAAUGAUUACUAUGGUGGAGAAUCAACAUCUCUUAAUCUCAAUCAGCUUUGGAAGAAGUUUAGGGGAGAAGAGAAGGCUCCUGAGCAUCUAGGCGCUAGCAGGGAUUACAAUGUUGACAUGAUGCCUAAGUUUAUGAUGGGAAAUGGCAAGCUUGUUCGUACCCUUAUUCACACUGACGUUACAAAGUAUUUGUCUUUCAAAGCUGUUGAUGGAAGCUAUGUCUUCGUUAAAGGGAAGGUUCAAAAGGUGCCAGUUACUCCUAUGGAGGCCCUGAAAUCUCCUCUCAUGGGUAUAUUCGAGAAACGUCGAGCUGGCAAGUUUUUCAGUUAUGUUCAGGAUUACGACGAGAAGGAUCCCAAAACACACAAUGGGAUGGACUUGACCAAAGUUACAACAAAGGAACUGAUUGCGAAGUUUGGUCUUGAUGACAACACCAUUGACUUUAUUGGUCACGCAGUGGCGCUUCACACGAAUGACCAACAUCUCAAUCAACCCGCCUUGGAUACUGUAAUGAGAAUGAAGCUCUAUGCCGAAUCUCUUGCACGUUUCCAAGGAACCUCUCCAUAUAUUUAUCCUCUCUAUGGCUUGGGAGAACUACCCCAGGCAUUUGCACGGCUUAGUGCUGUCUAUGGUGGCACGUAUAUGUUGUGCAAACCUGAAUGCAAGGUAGAGUUUGAUGAAGAAGGUAAGGUUAUUGGUGUAACAUCUGAGGGAGAGACUGCCAAAUGCAAAAAGAUUGUGUGUGACCCUUCCUACCUUCCUAACAAGGUUCGGAAGAUUGGUACAGUUGCUCGGGCCAUCGCAAUUAUGAGCCACCCUAUUCCAAACACCAAUGGCUCUCACUCAGUGCAGGUCAUCAUACCUCAGAAGCAGCUGGGCCGCAAAUCAGACAUGUAUGUCUUCUGCUGUUCCUACUCCCACAACGUUGCUCCCAAGGGAAAAUUCAUCGCAUUUGUAUCUACAGACGCAGAGACUGAUAACCCUCAAACCGAACUAAAGGCUGGAAUUGAUCUCUUGGGUCCUGUUGAUGAGAUAUUCUUCGACAUGUAUGAUAGAUAUGAGCCUGUCAACGAGCCCGCUCUGGACAACUGCUUUAUAUCAACGAGCUAUGAUGCUACAACACACUUCGAGACGACUGUUGCUGAUGUGUUGAACAUGUAUACCCUGAUCACCGGAAAGCAACUGGACCUAAGUGUUGAUCUGAGUGCAGCAAGUGCUGCAGAGGAAUGAGGAACUUGUGGAUCGCUUUCUUUAGUUGUUUUUUCCCUUCAUUGCUUCUUUUCUUUUGUUUGGGUUUAAAGACAAAAUCAGACCGAUGUUCAUGUUUAGCAAACUAACGACCAGUCUUGUUCCCUUAAUGUUGAAUUCUUGGUUUAAGGCUUAUUAAAACUCUUUGAACGUAACUU